AUGCCUCCCACCCAAAACGAAAUCGCCCAACACUUUCGCACUCUCCGCCAUCCAAACCAUCCUCACCUCCACCCGCCGCAUCAAUCCCGCCCUCCCCAUCACCACGGCUACGCCCAGGAUCUGCCCUCUCUCGCGGCCCUCACCAAACAGGUCAUCGCGCUCGGCGCAGUCGGAUGCAACCACGAGGACGUGGACAAUGCAACAGGUACACUGCGUCCGCUCGACGAGGCGGUGGCUCGGGUGCGGAUCGUGAUGCAGGCGGCGCGGCAGGUCGGGUGUCCUGAUUUUGUGCUGAAUGCGCGGACGGACGUGUUGUUCCAGGGUAGGGAUGGGAGGGUGGAGGAUGCGGUGGAGAGGGGGAAGGUGAGGGUGCUGGCGAGGGAGUUGCAGGGGAGGGUGAGUGUGAAGAUGAAUCUGGGGGGAGAAAGACAAGGGAUGUUCUUGACGGCGCGGGAGAUUCGGGAGUUGGGAGUUGCGAGGGUGAUUGUUGGGCCGGAGUUGUGGAGGAUUGCGAUGAAGGCGAUUCGAGAGCAGGCCGAGUUGGUGUUGUCCUUGUGA